UUCACAAAUCGGAAGCUUUUGGGCUGGCGCCUUAACAAUGACGUGGUGAAGGAAAUAUCCAUUUUUUUUUUUUAACAGCUUAAUUGAUAAGAAAGAAAGGGAGGAAAAGGGGAAAAAUCACAGAAGAUUAAACUCUGCAUGUUACUGAAGCCGGGAACGAAUAAAGAAGAAAUGUCUGUAGUAAUUUUUUUGUUGGCUUGAAUAUAAUUAGUUUUAAAAAGUUUUGAAGACGUUUUACUAUAUAAUUUAUAUAUUUUUUUAAGUAUAUGGGAUAUACGAUAUACGAUUUUGUAAUCUGAAAAAAGAAAAAGGAAAAAAAAAGAAACAACGAAGAUGGUGAACUGCUAUAAUUCUUUGUGGUUUCAAAUAUUCUGUGUAAGUAAAAUUGUAUUGUUCGUGUGUGCGGAUGUCUAUACGUCAGUUUAUAAAAUGAAUCAAUUGGUGAAGGAGGAAAGAAAACUUUUGAUAUCUCUUCACAACUUCAUUGAAUCAGAGCGGGCUGAAAAUGCAUCAGUGAGUAAAGAUCUAAUCAGCUUCUUGAAUGAAACACAAACACAAAACACAAAGUUGGGAAAUAUGACAAACUACACAACUAACCCAUUGAAUGCAUAUUGCGUGUUAUAUCGGAUUCACAAUAGAUGGAGUGAGAUGAUGGUGAAAUUAGACUGUGACAACUGUGAACACAAUAACAACACUAAAGAAUUUAUCAAAGAAUACAAAAUGGUUCAAGAACAAUUGUGGCCAACUAAAAAAGAUGUUACUGAAGCAGCUUUAGGCUUGUUUAGAUUACAAAAUAUUUAUUCUUUGAAUUUAACUGAGCUGCUACAGGGUCGUAUUGCCAACACUCAAACAGAACCAAUGACAGCUAAUGACGCUCUAAAGUUAAUUGAAAUAGCUAAUGAGCACGAUAUGGCUUAUGAAGAAAUAUUAUGGCUUUUGGCACUGGAUGAACUUUACAGAAAGUCAAAAAUUGAGAAAGGAACUGUAGAACAGAACCAAAUAUAUCGAACCAUUGCGAGUGCUUAUUCAAUGUAUGGAAUGCCAUGGGUUUCACUGGAUUACAUUGAGAAGUGUCUGAAAAUAAAAACAAAUGACAAAGGUUGUCAAAGAGAAAAGGCAUUUUUGAAAAAGAAGUUGAAAAGUAUUCCUGAGAGCAAAAGAACUAAAAUAUUUGAAAAACCUAUCAAUUCCACCAGCAGCCAAUAUGAAGCGUUAUGUCGAGGGGAAGAUCUAUUGUCAAGUUCUAGAAGAGCCCAACUGAAAUGUAUCUGGCGGCCAACAGAGAACCAUUAUUCCAGAGUAAAAGAGGAGAUCAUGAGUUAUAAACCCAAAAUUGUUGUUUUCCAUGAUGUCAUUACAGAUGAAGAAAUCGAAUACAUCCUGGAAGAAUCUCAGCAAAAGUUUUACAGCUCCAAAGUUGGUGAUGAUGACAUCAUUCAGGGCAUGAAAACAGACAUUAUAAGUCAACGUGCUUGGUUAUGGGAUUCAGACCCAGUUUUACGCAGGUUGUCCCACAGAAUUGGAAGUAUCACUGGAUUAAACACUCAGCUUAAAGUUUUUGUUUCGAAUGCAGAACCACUCCAGGUUCUGAAUUAUGGUCUAGGAGGAAUGCAUGAGCCACGUGUUGAUUAUUUUGAAUCCAAGGAACAGUUGGAAAAAUCUGCCAGUCAAUUCCUCAUUGGUUCUGGAGAUCGUAUAGCUACAUGGAUGCUUUAUAUGUCCAAUGUUACUCUUGGAGGAGCCACAAUUUUUCCAAGGAUUAAUGUGCAGAUACCUGUAAUAAAGGGUUCAGCAGUCUUUUGGUACAAUUUGAAAAGAAACCAGCGCCGAGAUCCCAGGACAUUACAUGCUAGUUGUCCAGUUGCGGUAGGAUCAAAAUGGGUUGCCAAUAAAUGGAUUCAUGAAGUAGACCAGAUGUUCCAACGACCAUGUGGAUUAAAAAUAAAUGCUGAAGAUAUCUAAAACAAUAAAACAUAUACAAAUACAUACAUACAUACAUACAUACAUACAUACUACAUACAUACAUACAUAUAUAUAUAUAUAUAUAUAUAUA